GCUGAAAUGAAAGAUAUCAUUUGAGAUGUUGUAAGCCGGUUUUUUCCCAGCUGUCUGAAACCGAAACUGUAAGGAAGCCAAGUUGUUGCACACUGCAGGCUUUCUCUCCGAGGGGAAAAAAAAGAACUGUCGUCACGAGUUUUGUACCGCCCUUUGAAUGCGUCCCUCCUCCAGAUCUUCUCCUCGGUUUCUCCGUGCAGAAUAACUGUAAAAGUCCGUAAAAAGUCUCGUCCCGGCGCAGACUGUCGCCAUGUGGCUGCCGUGCCGACGCACUUCUCACUUCGUCGUCUCCUCGCUUCGCCGUCGCGUCUCAAAGUCACACGUCCACGCGUCGGGCCGACGGCGAUGCGACGUAGCGGCGUUCAUGCCGGAGGCUGCGGCGUUCGACGGGGUGUCGGACCGCGCGGCCCUGCAGGAGUUCUCCGUCUCCAACGGCGAGAGCUUCUGGGCCGCCGUGGCGCGUCGGCGGCUCAGCUGGACGCGUCCCUUCCACGCCGCGGCGGACUGCGACCUGCGCCGCGGGGACAUCAAGUGGUUCGCGGGAGGACAGCUGAACGUCUCCGUGAACUGCCUGGACCGCCACGUGCACGCCUGUCCAGACAGGACAGCCCUUAUCUGGGAGAAGGACGAACCGGGGUCAGAGGUCAAGAUCACCUACAGGCAGUUGCUGGAGAUGACGUGUCGCCUGGGUAACCUUUUGAGACGGCGCGGCGUGAAGCGAGGGGACUGCGUCACCAUCUACAUGCCUCCGUGCCCACUGGCCGUGGCGUCCAUGAUGGCCUGCGCCCGCAUCGGCGCGGCGCACAACGUGGUGUUCGCGGGGUUCAGUGCCGAAGCCCUCGCCGAGCGAAUCAGAGACGCCCAGUCCAGCACCGUCAUCACGGCGAACCAGGGUGUCCGAGGAGGCAAAGUGACCGAGCUGAAGAAGACCGUAGACGCGGCGGUCCAGAGCUGCCCGGCGGUGCGGCAGGUGUUUGUUGCCAUGAGAACAGAGAAUCCGGUCGCCAUGACAGCCAGGGACGUGGCCAUGGAGGAGGAGAUGCGGAUGGAGGAUUCUGUGUGUGAGCCGGCUGCCAUGGACAGCGAGGACGUCUUGUUCCUGCUUUAUACUUCAGGCAGCACAGGGACGCCCAAAGGACUGGUCCACACGCAGGCUGGAUACCUGCUUUAUGCUGCUCUCACUCACAGGUAUGUCUUCAGCUACCAUGACGGGGACGUGUUCGGCUGUGUGGCCGACGUCGGCUGGAUAACAGGACACAGCUACAGUGUCUACGGGCCUCUGGCCAACGGGGGAACCACGGUGCUGUUUGAGAGCACGCCCGUUUACCCCGACCCAGGAAGGUACUGGGAGAUGGUGCAGAGACUCAAGAUAAACCAGUUCUAUGGGGCUCCAACAGCCAUCCGCCUGCUGCUCAAGUACGGAGACCAGUGGGUCCACAAAUACGACCGCUCGUCCCUCAAGACUCUGGGCUCUGUGGGUGAGCCCAUCAACACCGAAGCGUGGGAGUGGUACCACAGAGUUGUCGGGGAGGGACGCUGCCCUGUGGUGGACACCUGGUGGCAAACGGAGACAGGUGGCAUCUGCAUCGCCCCAAAGCCAUCAGACCCGGACGCAGAGAUUGUCCCAGGAAUGGCCAUGAGACCUUUCUUCGGCAUUAAGCCCGUGCUCAUGGACGCUGAGGGGAAAGUGGUGACUUCUAACAACGCUUCCGGAGCCCUGUGCAUAGCUCAGCCGUGGCCUGGCAUGGCCCGAACGAUCCACAACGACCACCAGAGGUUCAUUGAGACCUACUGUCAGCCUUAUCCUGGUUACUUCUUCACUGGGGAUGGCGCCUAUCGCUCUGAGGAGGGUUAUUACCAAAUCACUGGCCGUCUUGAUGAUGUCAUCAACGUGAGCGGUCACAGGAUCGGCACAGCGGAGAUCGAGGAUGUGGUGAAUCAAUCCUCCGCAGUGGCCGAGUCUGCAGUCAUAGGAUACUCUCAUAACAUCAAAGGACAAGGGGUUUAUGCCUUUGUGGUGCUAAAAAAGGGCGAGGAGGUUCAGGGGGCCGACCUUUGUCAGCAGCUGAGGAACAUGGUCUCUGAAAAGAUCGCCAAGUACGCCUGUCCAGACUUCAUCCAGAUCGUCCAGCGGCUGCCAAAGACGCGCUCGGGUAAGAUAAUGCGCCGGGUGCUGCGGAAGGUGGUGGAGCGCGACUUGGACGGGAUGGGCGACCUCAGCACGCUGGAGGACCCUGCAGCAGUUAACGAGAUCAUCCAAGGUCACCUCGAGCUCUGUGGUGAACCACAACAACUGUGAGGUGGUUUCUGAAACGUGGAAGUUGUGCUCGCACGUUACCCACUAUUUCAAUUAACUAGUGCAAAUGUAUCAAACUAUUUAAAAUAAUCCUUUGUUUUUAUUGUACAUAACAUUUGUAUGAAAUCAGAUACAUAAAAACUAUGUAUAACCCACAGAUGUACUCACUUGUGAGUAAAUCAAUGAUUGUAAACAAUAAACAAAUGUAAUAAGUACGAUAGUUAAGGUUCAAAAGUGUUGAUUGGUUUUCACGAGGGAUUUUUCUCUGAUCAUUUCAGAGCCGUCCAAACCAUUGGAUUGGCAAAGUCUUUGGGUCCAGAACGUUUAGGUCGAGCUCUGCCUCCGUGAUGUGAAUACAAUCAAAUUGUAGGAGUGCGGGUUUUAAAGCAGCACUUGCGUGUUACGAACGGAGGAAUUUGGGAGCGUUUUAUCUCCUCGUCUCCCACAUCGAAGCUUCCUUCAUGUCAAGAGACAGUCACAGCGCUUCUUCUCCGAGGCUCCUGCUGCUUCCUUUUAACUUGGUCAACUCCCACAGGCCUCCUCCACACAGUUUCAACUGGACGUCAUGGUACUGCGACAAAAGGAAAGGAUGAAAUUUAAUAGUUAGGGGGAGAAUGUGAUACAUUAUUCCACGAAGGCAAUUGCUUUAGCAUCUAGUUGCAUAAUCAUUUUGCAGAAUCGUGUGCGGAGACACAAUUCUGAUACGGAGAAUACAAUUUUGAACAAAUUUAAAUUAACAAUCCAAUAAAAUGAUUCCUCCAACAGUAA